CUUUUGUCGCUAUCUUCACUUCAGUCCAAUCAUUUUUCAAUAAACGGGACUGACUAAAUUUGUCGAGUCCAGUCAAAUUACUUUAUCAGCCCGCUAUAUAAUACGUUAAUCUUCCGACAAAACACUAGUUGUAAAAGAAUCAAGACAAGACAAAAUGAGUUUGGUAGCUAACACCGGGAAACUAGCGGGACGUACGCUGUUUAUAACGGGUGCUUCCCGUGGUAUUGGCAAGGCCAUCGCCCUCAAGGCAGCUAAGGAUGGCGCUAAUGUGGUGAUCGCGGCGAAAACGGCCGAGCCGCAUCCCAAGCUACCAGGCACUAUUUACACCGCUGCUGAAGAAAUUGAGGCCUUAGGCGGUAAGGCCCUGCCAUGCAUUGUGGAUGUCAGGGACGAGAAAGCAGUGCAAAAGGCGAUAGAUGAGGCUGUUAAAAAGUUCAACGGGAUCGACAUUCUGAUUAACAAUGCAUCUGCUAUCUCGCUCACGGACACAGCCAGCACCGACAUGAAGAGAUACGACCUCAUGCACUCCAUCAACACCAGGGGCACCUUUUUGGCGUCGAAGCUCUGCUUGCCGCACCUGAAGAACAGCAGCCACGCGCACAUCCUCAACCUGUCGCCGCCGCUCAACAUGAACCCCUUCUGGUUCGCUACGCACGUAGCAUACACGAUGGCCAAGUACGGUAUGUCGAUGUGCGUGCUGGGCAUGAGCCAAGAGUUCAAGCCGUUCAACAUCGGCGUCAAUGCGCUCUGGCCUAUGACUGCCGUGGGCACGGCGGCCAUCGCGAUGCUGACGGGCGGCGACGUGUCGACGAGCCGGAAACCCGAAGUCGUUUCCGACGCUGCUUACUUCAUGCUGUGCCAAGACCCGAAGACCUACACGGGCAACUUCGCCAUCGACGAAGACGUCUUGAAGAAAGCUGGAGUCACUGAUCUCACACCCUACGCGUGCGAUCCUAAGAACGCCAAUAACCUCCUGCUGGACGGGUUCAUAGACUCCCCUCUGGCGAUGAAACAGCACUCGGUCGUGACUGCCUCCGUCAGGCGGUACCAUACCUCCGCUGUGCGAUAUGAGAAGGAGGGCAAGCCCGAAGGUCAGAUCCCCACGUUGUUCGCGGCUAUCGGCAAGAGCCUGUCAUCUGAUUUGGUAAAGAAGACGCAAGCGAUUUACCAGUUCAAUGUCAAAGGUAAAGAAGAGGGCGUCUGGCACAUCGACCUCAAGAACGGAGAUGGCGCCUGCGGCCAGGGCGAGCCCAAGAACCCGCCCGACGCGACGCUCACCAUGGACAGCGGCAACUUCUCCGACAUGUUCGCUGGCAAGCUGAAGCCGGCCACCGCCUUCAUGAUGGGCAAGCUCAAAAUCAAGGGAGACCUGCAGAAGGCCAUGAAGCUUGAAAAAAUGAUGAAAUCCCUCCAAAAGAAGUAAUUUUGCCAGUGUCCCGUUCAAUGUUAGGCUUCUGACAGUCAGACCGACAAUCAUUGUCGAGCAAAUCAAAAUUGUCUAAGUCCUUAUGACUAAUUUGAUAAGUCAGACUAAGCUAACACUGCAUGCUAUUCGUAAUGACAGAGUGUGGCAAUUAAUGACAAAUUCUAUGAAAAUAUGACGUUUAUUAUGCCACUCCCUCACUUUGAUAUAUUCAAGUUGGUGCAUAGUUAGCUUAGAAUGACUAAUGUUUCUUCUUUUUCAGAAAUAAUUUAAAUUAGUUGCCAUUUCGGACUUAAGCAAAAAAACUAUACUGAUUAAUUGAUAUAUCUCUUCAGUGGAAACACAGACUACGUGGAAAUACCCAUGCUCUCACUGAUAAUUAAAUUGAAACUAUAUAUUUAUUAUAUGAAUGACUCAGAGUCCAGUAUAAUUUGCAGUAAAUGUUGCAAACUCAAAUAAUAGACUGUAUUGUGUAUUACAAAUCAUUGUAUAUUUUUAGAAGAUAUUUUGUCACAUGUAUAUGUUUGAAAAUUAUGUACAUAUAAGUCAUUGAAUAACUUCUAUAGUGUUGUGCCUUGUCAUUGUACAUAUGUAAGUCACUGCCAAACGUGGCGCGAGAUGUAUUGGAUUUUUUUAUGAAUAUAAGAUGAAAUAUUAUGAUUAAAAAUGGUGCUGUUUA